AUGUCUUCGAAUGGAUCUGCCCCUGCCCACCAGCAAGGUCUCAAGCCUUGGCAGCGUCGGGCUCUCGACAGAGGACGCACGCCUCUGCCUGAGAAGCCCGGCGCUCGCCCAUGGGAGACCAAGUCUACCAAGACCUCCCAAGACCAGACUUCCUCUGGCAACACUCCUGGCUCUGCCCCUUCCUCUGGUGACGGCACCAACGAAAGUGCCUCCCAGCCAACCACCACUGCCGCCGCCUAUCCUUACAGAUUCUGGCCCACAGAGGAGAUCGAGCGCCUGAUUCGCCUGAGGCGUGACGGCUUGUCCUGGAAUCAAAUCAAGGACCACUUUCCCGACCGGUCGCUUGAGUCUCUCAAGCAGACAUACCACAAGCGACGUGCAGCCGUCGAGGCUGAGAUGGAUGCGAGCGAGUAA